AUGGGUUCCACUAACUCCAGACCCAAGCUGACUCGGGUAGCCCCCUUGCAGAGCCCCCACAACGGAGGAGUGAGCCUGAGAGAUGGGAGGGGCAUCUGGGCCAGACCCUACCGCAGCCCAGAACCACUGCAGAGUGGAGCAGAGCAGCAGGAGGUUCUGGGAAGGAGGAGGACUGGACGACUGCCCCCUCUGAGACAGGAAGCGCCUCUGAGCUUCGCCGUGGCAACAGCAGAGCCGCUGGCCCUCCCCCCUCUCUACACAGGCCCCCUCUCUCUUGAUUUCUGUUCAGGCAGUGCAGCAGGCAGCAUCAUUCAAACACACCCGCCCCGUAGACCACAGAGACUGGAGCCGCUGGCUCCGCCAACAAAGGAAUUCCGACACCAGCGACUGGAGUCAGCAGCCAAUCGAGAGUCAGAGGACAGGGAGUGGGGGAAGGCAGUCGCUCAGCGCUCGUCCACUCACAGUCAGAGGGGGCGCUCUCGAGCUGGAGGCCUGCAGCAGGGCCAGGAGAGCGCGCUGCUGGCUGCCCAGGCGGAGUUCAGCCAGCAAUCGAACAAACUGCGGAGAGACCAGAGACUGCGAGCCAGAGAGCUGAGGAAGCAGAGAGACAGAGACACCGCGAGAGCGAGAGACAGAGACAGAAGCUGGCUUCACAAGGACAGUCUGCUGCACCAGGAGGAAGGGGAUUCCUUAGACACAGACUGUGGGGGAGGGGAGCCCGAUGGUCGCCAGGGGCAACCCCGGGUCCGUCUAGUGAAACGGUCGGCAGAGAGGGACAUCUUCUGGGAUACCUCCAGCGGAGAGGGGCUAGACCUGGGGGAGCAGGGCCUGGCCAAUCCCAGGCUGUGUGUCGGCGAGCAGGCCGUGAUCCCCGGGAACCCCUGGACCCGGGUGCAGCAGUCUGGAACAGGAGGGGAAUGGAAAUCGAGCCCCAGGCCUUCGGAACACGGAGCUGGGGAGGCCGGAAAACCGAAGCCCUGGAUGAUGGACUGGGAAGCGGACAGAGACAACCACCUGAGCUUCAGCCGGCUGCCAGAGAACAGAGGGGAGAGGGGGGCCUGCUGGGGGCCGGGGCAGUCGGACUGCAGAAUGGGGGAGGAGUGUAAAUCCAGGCCCAGGCUCCAAGAGGGCGGGCAGGCCUGGAAGCACAGACCCAGGCUCUCCAGGACCAAGGCUGAGGCCAUUCCUGCGUUCGAGGAAUCCCUGGACUAUGAGAUGUAGACAGGGCAGGAACCCCCCAGCAGGGACCCCACUCUCACACACCUGCUGCUCAGAGAACA